AUGUCUCCCCCACCUAUGUCAGCAAAGUCUUUCGGCACCUUCAUCGACUCGGAGCCGUCGACGCCAGCCUACUCACCAAGGAUGGACCACCAGUGGGACGACUCAUCGGUGGUCCUAGUCCGUCCCAUGUCCUCGUCUUCUGAACCUUCCAGCCCUACUGAGCCAGUAUGGCGCAUGCUACAACCACUGCCUGUGAAGGCCCCACCAAAGCCCAAAGCCAGCACCGUCAGAGCUCAGUCCAAAGAACCGGUCUCCUCUGCCAAGGAGAUUUCAUCACAGACAUCGCUUUCAUCGCACCCUACUAAGCAGGCGAGCUACGUCAAUCGCCCGCACGCGAUCAAGCUAGCAAGCCUAUCACAACAAGAUUUCCCCCCGAAGAGCGAAGACAUUCCACAGGGUGAUGUUACAUCACCUCAGCCGACAGCCAGCACACCCACGGCGGCCGCCUUCGGGAAACUGGCAAACAAGAUGAAGUUGAUGCUCCGGCGUAAGAACACGAACGCAAAGAAAAAGGAGAAGAAGAAGCGAGAGUACGAAGAGGUCGACCGCAAUACCCUCUUCAACACGCGAUGGAACCAACCAGCCAAGGACCCCACAACCACACUCCUACAAUCACGCUUCCCAACCAAAACCGUCCUUGUACUCCUCACCCUAGGCGGCCUAGCAUACUACUUCGUCGACAUAGUAGAAACCGACUGGACAGACAGCGUCUACGGCGCCUUUGAAACCGGCGACGAUGCCUCCCAACUCGCCCAACCCCUCCACUUCUACUCCUCAAAAGAAGAAGUGCAGCACAUCCUCGACUUCCACAUCCCAGACCCCAGCGCCCCGAUGAAAGACCCCGCCGUAGCGAAGUUCUUCUCAGAGCAAUUCGACAAGCUAUGUUACGGGUGGAUGAUGACGCCCGAUGAUUCGAAGAAGGGUGUCGAAGGCAUGCCGGACGUGCAAAUGCCCAUAACACACGGAUGUCGGUUCCGCAGCAACGAGCCGUGUGAGGAUUUCUUCGCCCUGGGGACGUCGCCUGGCCCCGGGCAAACCCUGUGGAAUUACUGGACUGUGCUAGAUGGCCAUGCAGGACGACACACGGCAUUCUACCUCCAAUGGACACUAAUCCCCAUGGUAUCCUCCGCACUCAGCACCCUCACUCCCCACGCAAGUAGUCAUCAGAUUGAGAGCAGUAUAAAAACCGCCUUCCUCGCCACGGACAAAAGUAUCAUGUCCCGCGCCAAAACAGCCGCAGCCUGGUUCCCCGCCGCCAACGCCGCCGCCAUCGCCGCGCUCACACCCGCUUUCUCCGGUUCCUGCGCGCUACUCGCUGCAUUCGAUCCCCAGUCCAACAAACUCCGCGUCGCAUGCACAGGAGACUCGCGCGCCGUCCUAGGCCGCUGGGACCCCUCCACAAACACCUACACCGCCAUCCCCCUCUCGGAAGACCAAACCGGCUUCAACGCCAAAGAAGUCGAAAGACUAAGCAAGCAACACCCCGACGAACCCUCCGUCAUAGACCCCAAAACAGGCCGCAUGCUAGGCAUAGCCGUAACCCGCGGCUUCGGCGACCACCGCUGGAAAUGGGAUAACGAAACGGUCAAGGCGUGCCAGCACAAAUUCUGGGGUACGGCGCCCAGACCGGGGAAUCUGAGUCCCCCGUAUAUGACGGCGGAGCCCGAGAUAACGGAAACGGCAGUUGUGAGGAGGGAACCGCGGGAUGGGAUGCUAUGUGGUGAUGAUGGGAAAGCAGAAGGAGGGAAAAGCGAUUUCCUCAUCCUCGCUUCCGACGGCCUUUGGGAUCGGAUUUCUUCUGAGCAUGCCGUCGAGUGCGUGUCCCGCUAUCUCUCCGCGCGCGCCCGUGGCGGAGGCUCUGUGAAGCAAGACCCGGAACUCCUGCGCAAUCCUCCCGUUUUCCCUCAAAACUUCUCUAGCUUGGACCCAGGUGUGACGUGCGACCCCGAGAAAGGGGAGGAUGUAGACUGGAAAGCGGAGCCGCAGUAUUUUGCGAUUGAAGAUGAAAAUGCGGCGGUUUGUUUGGCGCGGAAUGCGAUGGGUGGGAGUAGGAGGGGGUUGUUCCUUGGGGUUUUGGCGGGGCCGGAGCCGUUGAGUAGGAAUGCGGUGGAUGAUACUACUAUUAUGGUUGUGUUUUUUGAUAAAUUGGAGGAGGGUGGUGCUGGGGCAAAGAACGGUGGUCAGAAGCUAGUGGAGGGUGAGAAGAAGAAGAGGUGGUGGUGGCCGCUGUGA